UCACCUGUUCAGUUAGUUCGUUACAAGCCGCUGUGCAAACCGCUGGGAUUUACGCACAUUCCCUAAUGUAACAUUUGCUACAAGAACCGCGUAAUCGUUAUUUUGGAAUCGCAUCCGGAGUGUUGUGUUAAUAUUUUCUGCAAAUACUUGGGAGUGACAUACUAUCGUCAAUUUGUUAGAAUCAUUGCUGAAGUGAUUGAACUUUUUAGAAUUAUUUAGACAGAAAUCCAGGACAUGAUGAAAGGUUGCACAAUGGUCCUUCUUAGAACUUUCCUGGUGGUUGCGUGUCUGGUUGGGAUUUGCGUGACUCAAGUACUAGAUGAAGAUGGGCCAUCCUCGAUCAAGAGGUCGAUCGGUGAUAAUAAUGCUGUUGAAAACUCUAUAGAAGGCCCUAGCAAAGAGGUGUUGAUUGAUAAGACCAAAUUUGAGAAGUUGGUGAGAAGUAUAAAGUUAGUUGGUAGUGAAGCCUGUAAAAAAGAUUUGAAUGUAACUCUAUACGCGCUAAUGGAUAGAGUGCCAUGGGCUGUUUCAAUGUAUGAUUCGUCAGUGAAAGCACCAGUUGGCAUCGAAAGUGGUUCAGUCUAUCAAUUUGGUAAUUUUGAUGAGUGUGUGAACAGUAAUGAGAGAAUAGCAAUUACCGAUGAUGAUGAUCAACGACAACAUCCACGAGUUUUGCCAAAAUAUUGUUUGGCUGAUGUAACAAUUACAGGGCUCAGUGUGCGAUCAGUUGCAUCUAGAAGAUAUCAGCGGACAAACGAAACUACAAUACAUUGGGGGAUAUGUGUGCCCCGAUCAUGCAGUGCUUAUGAUAUUCAAAUCUUCAUGUCCGGUUUGCUGGACUAUGAGACUAGUGUAUCUGAUAACAACUGCUACCAUAAAGAUGAAUUCGAAAUCUCCAAGGGGAUGAUUAUCUACAGUUGUGUAAUUCUCUGUUUCGCGUUGAUGGUAAUUUUUUGCACGAUAUAUGAUAUGUACCUGCUAUCAAGACGCUCAAUAUGCAAGUUGUCUCCCAGAGGAUCUUUCGAAAUGGCAGUGAAAUCAUUCUCCGCUAUUGAAAAUCUGAAAAAGCUGGUACAGAAGAGUAACGACCAAAUGGGCUUGAGCGCAAUAAAUGGAGUAAAGGCUCUUUCCAUGCUAUUCAUCAUCUGCGGCCAUGCAUUGCUAUUCAUCAUUGGAGGACCCGUCCUUAAUUCAGAUUUUUUCGCUCGCGAUAUCAAACGUGUCCAAAAUGGAUUCCUCUUGAACUCGCCGCUUUUCGUGGACACAUUUCUGCUACUGAGCGGAUUUUUGUUUUGUCGAAUUUUGCUAAAAGAGCUGGAAAAUAGAAAUGGAAAGAUAAACCCCAUUAUCCUUUACGUAGUUCGAUACAUUCGGUUGACACCAGCUUAUUUGGCUGUCAUUGCAUUUUAUAUAACUUGGUUACCAUAUAUCGGAUCAGGUCCUCUGUGGAAAGGAAGGAUGCUUAUGGAACAGGAACGAUGUGAGUCAUCUUGGUGGCUAAAUAUACUUUACGUGAAUAAUUAUUUCGGAACAGAUAAAUUGUGCAUGUUCCAAUCCUGGUACUUAUCUACGGAUACUCAGCUGUUCAUUUUCGCACCGUGCGUUAUCUAUUUACUUUGGAAGAAGAGAAACUUCGGCAUUCAUUUUCUGUCCUUCCUUGUGAUUGUUGCUUCGAUCUUUCCUUUUGCCAUCACAUAUGUAAUGGAUUGGGACCCUACCCUUCUCGGAUUCGCAGAUGAAGUUUCUGACAUUUCAACGAAUAAAUAUUUUGUGGAGACCUACAUCAAAACUCACAUGCGGGCCACUGCAUAUGUAUUUGGACUGCUUACAGGCUUCUUACUACAUUAUGUCCAAGAGAAAAAAAUAGUCAUACCCAAGGCAGCGGUCAUAAGUCUAUGGAUUUUCUCGACAAUAGUUGGGUUGAUGUCCAUGUUCUCGAUUACAUUUUUCUUCCUGGGCCCAUUCACCAGUUUGGAAAGUGCCCUUUAUGCAGGACUACAUCGCCUUGGAUGGAGCUUUUUUACUGGCUGGCUUGUGAUUAGUGUAGCAACAGAUAACGCGGGUUUUCUGAAAUCAUUCUUAUCGUCCAGUAUCUUCAAUCCUUUGAGCCGGCUUACAUACUGCGCCUAUUUGUCCAACGGAAUAGUUGAGUUGUACCAACUUGGAACACUCAGAGCACCAGUGUAUAUGAGCCAUAUAAGGCUGCUUGGUGAGGUAACAGCCCACAAUGCGCUCACAUUCCUAGUGGCAAUUCUGCUUUGCCUCCUAUUUGAAUCGCCCAUUCAUGGAAUAGAGAAAAUAUUACUCCGGCAUAACCUCCAAAGAAGGCUCACGAACCAGCAGAAAGAGGAUAGAUCUCCCAGCACAUCAGACGAAAUAGCGUAACCCAGCACCCUAUCGUUCUAAUGUUGACUAUUUGUAAAUAAACCACGUGAAGCAAGUGAUAGUAUUAAGUUAGGA